AUGCUUGAGGAUGACCUGAAGCUGAGCAGUGAUGAAGAUGACCUUGAGCCUGUGAAGACCUUGACCACUCACUGCACUGCCACUGAGCUCUACCAGGCUGUUGAAAAGGCAAAACAUAAGAAUAAUCCUGUGAACUCACCCUUGGCUACACCCCAGCCCCCACCUGCAGUGCAAGCCAGUGGGGGGUCUGGAAGCUCCAGCGAGUCAGAGAGCAGCUCCGAGUCGGACUCAGACACUGAAAGCAGCACCACUGACAGUGAAUCCAAUGAGGCGCCUCGCGUGGCCACUCCAGAGCCUGAGCCACCCUCAACCAACAAGUGGCAACUGGAUAAAUGGCUUAACAAAGUGACAUCCCAGAACAAGUCACUUAUUUGUGGCCAAAAUGAAACGCCCAUGGAGACAAUUUCUCUGCCUCCUCCAAUCAUCCAGCCAAUAGAAGCGCAGAUCAAAAUGAAGGCAAACCCCAGCCAGGUUCUGGUCGAACCCAAAGAAAGGCCUCUCCUCAGUCUCAUUAGGGAGAAAGCCCGUCCUCGGCCCACUCAGAAAACUCCAGAAACAAAGGCUUUGAAGCAUAAGUUGUCAGCAACUCUUGUGACAGCUUCUCAAAGGACAAUUGGGAAAAAACAGCCCAAAAAGAUUGAGAAGAACACUAGCAUUGACGAGUUGACCUGGCCCAAACCAAAUAUUACCAGCAGCACUCCCAAAGACAAAGAAAGCAUGGAGCUUCCUGACCCACCAAGAGGCCGCAGCAAAGCCACUGCUCACAAGCCAGUCCCGAGGAAAGAGCCAAGGCCUAACAUUCCGUCAGCUGCUGAGAAGAAGAAGUCCAGAGGGCCUGGCAAGAUUGUGCCAAAGUCCCGGGAAUUCAUCGAGACAGAUUCGUCUACAUCUGACUCCAGCACAGAUCAGGAAGAGACCCUGCAGAUCAAAGUGCUGCCUCCUUGCAUUGUUCCUGGAGGUAAUACUGCCAAAUCUAAGGAAACCUCUGGUGUCAACCUGACCGUCAGCACCUUACUCAGCAGCGGUGGCAACAACUUAGCCAUCAGUAAUGAGGAGCCAGCUUUUUCAUCCAUUCCUGUAGUGCAAACUGAGCUGCUGUCUCCUCUACAAGAUCACGAGAAUCGGAAAAACCUCUGGGUGAAGAUUGACCUUGACUUACUCUCUAGAGUACCUGGCCACAACUCACUCCCUGCAGCACCUGCCAAGCCAGACCACAAGGAAACUGCCUCAAAGCCCAAGCGACAGACUGCUGCCACAGCUGUGGAAAAACCGGCCCCCAAGGGCAAGCGUAAGCACAAGCCAACGGAAGUUGCAGAGAAAAUCCCUGAGAAGAAGCAGCGACUGGAGGAGGCCACAACUAUCUCCUUGCUUCCCCCUUGCAUCUCACCAGCCCCACCCCACAAGCCUCCCAACACUAGAGAAAAUAAUUCAUCCAGGAGAGCAAAUAGAAGAAAAGAAGAAAAACUGUUUCCUCCCCCACUUUCCCCACUGCCAGAGGACCCUCCACGCCGCAGAAAUAUCAGUGGCAAUAAUGGUCCCUUCAGUCAGGACAAAAACUUCUCCACAACCGGACAAAUCACUUCUACCAAACCUAAGAGAAGCGAAGGAAAAUUCUGUGCUACUUUCAAAGGGAUAUCUGUAAAUGAGGGAGACACUCCAAAAAAGGCAGUCUCUGCCACCGUGACUGUCACCAACACUGCUAUUGCCACUGCCACUGUCACUGUUCCUGCCAUUGUCACUGCCACUGCCACCUCCACGGCCACCACCACAACCACUACCACUACCAUUUCCACCAUCACCUCUACUUUCACUACUGGCCUCAUGGGUAGCAGUCACCUGGAGAUGACGUCCUGGGCUGCCCUGCCCCUACUAUCCAGCAGCAGCACUAAUGUCCGGAGACCCAAGCUCACUUUUGAUGACUCGGUCCACAAUGCUGAUUAUUACAUGCAAGAGGCUAAGAAGCUGAAGCACAAAGCUGAUGCACUGUUCGAGAAGUUUGGCAAAGCCGUGAAUUACGCUGAUGCUGCCCUCUCCUUCACUGAAUGUGGCAAUGCCAUGGAACGUGACCCUCUGGAAGCAAAGUCCCCAUACACCAUGUACUCCGAGACUGUGGAGCUCCUCAGGUAUGCGAUGAGGCUGAAGAACUUUGCAAGCCCCUUGGCUUCGGAUGGGGACAAAAAGCUGGCAGUGUUAUGCUACCGAUGCUUAUCACUUCUCUACCUGAGGAUGUUUAAACUGAAGAAGGACCAUGCUAUGAAGUACUCCAGAUCACUGAUGGAAUAUUUUAAGCAAAAUGCUUCAAAAGUCGCUCAGAUACCAUCUCCAUGGGUAGGCAACGGAAAGAACACUCCAUCCCCAGUGUCUCUCAACAACGUCUCCCCCAUCAAUGCAAUGGGGAACUGUAACAACGGCCCAGUCACCAUCCCCCAGCGCAUUCACCAUAUGGCCGCUAGCCAUGUCAACAUCACUAGCAAUGUGUUACGGGGCUAUGAACACUGGGACAUGGCCGACAAACUGACAAGAGAGAACAAAGAAUUCUUUGGCGAUCUGGACACGUUGAUGGGGCCUCUGACCCAGCACAGCAGCAUGACCAACCUUGUCCGCUACGUUCGCCAGGGACUGUGUUGGCUGCGCAUCGAUGCCCAUUUGUUGUAGUGGGUGCUCCCCCAUUUGUAGUGUCACCACGCAUCACUCUACCUCUACCAGCACACUGACGGUCACUGGUAGAACUCCACUUAUUUGGGAAAGUUUUCUUUGGUUAUGUUUGUUUUUGUGCUUCUUUUGAUAUCUGUUGAAAACAGAAGUCAUUGUAAGUGGACACUAAAACGUGAGAGCAAUAUAUGUUUUAUUACUUAGUCAUUUUUCAGUAUUUGAUAUGCAUUUCUCAGAUCUCACCAUCUGUUUGUGCUCUAUGGAAUAACAGUACCUACAAUAUUGUUUUAAGUCCACACUACCCAAAACAAAGAAUGGGAAGCACUUGUAAUGAUGACAAGUUCCUGAAAAAUGAAACAAGUGUUCUUACAUACACAGGCAUAUGAGAACUUAGACCCAAGAGACCUGCAAAGCUUUUCAGCAAUAGCCAUUGCCCCAAACUAUACUCUCAUGGCCAGAAAAGAAUGUAUUUCAGAAUCCAUUGUUAAACUUUUGUAGUUUCUACAGACUCAACCUUUACAUGAAAAUUUUUAUUGUCAAAACCCACUGGUUAGAUGUUGUAGCAACAACAGAAAAUCAACAGUAUCAAGAAAACCAAUUAGCAUAGUGAUGCUGCUCUUAAAAUGAUGUUAUGCCACACAACCAGAGGACUUUUUUGUUAGCAUCCCUUUCCUGUUCUUAAUUUUUUUUUAUUUUAAUGGUGAGAAGGAGGGGCAACAUUUAUUUUGACAACUUUAAGGCAUCAGCUGGCAUAAAUAUUUUUGAAUUCCAUGAUUUGAAAAUAAAUCCGCACCCGGGAUUCUCUUUCUGUGAAACUCUCCUUUUGUGGAAUAGUUUGGUGGAUGUGCACCUUAGUAGCAAAAAUGCUACAUUCCAGCCUUAGAGUUGGGAGAAAAGAGAUGUCUAGAAAUUGACAAGCAAUUCACACCUCUGCUUCCUUUGCAAUUAGAAGGCAGGUCCAAAACUGGCAAGAGUUUUUAAUUAUAUUUUGCUCAAAUCUGUGGAAACACUUCAAGUUAUUAUUACCUAGAAGUAAAAACAUGCAGUUUGCUUCCUAAUGGCUUUAGAAUCUGGACUUCCACAAUUAUUAUUCACAUUUUCUAUUUCACAGGGUUUCUUUUUUCUACUUUCUUUUUUUCUUUUUCUUUCUUUUCUUUUCCUUUUCUUUUGGCUUAUUAGCUUUUUACUGAAAUGCAAUCACUGAUUUUAUUGAAGUCUAUAUUAACAUGAAUUAUUUCCAUGAAAAUCCCAAAGAAAACUCCAAACUCUUUAAGCAGUAACUAGGUUUAAAAAGAAGAGAGAAAAAGAAAAAUGAGUCUUGGGGUUGUACUUCGUCUUAGGGUGCUUUGAAAGAGCCCUGAAGAUUGUGAACAGGCCACCAAAAUUAGAGAUUUCCCCACCAGUUGUGACCCCCCCCCCUUAUGAUCCUCUGUAUUCAUUUUAUGUUCCUAAACAUCACAAUGUAAAUAUCAUCUUUGGUGUUUCAGCUCACCAGAAGAAUCCCCCACUUGUAGUAAACAAUAUCCAUGCAUUAGUUACUUGUAAUACCUUCCAGUAUAUAAUUCCAUGUAGGGUUUAAUCUGCUGAAUUCUGUUCACUGAAAUAUGAUCAGAUAAAUAAUAGAUAUGCAUAUGAAAGAUGCAAACUUGUAUGAUUUUAAAAGCAAGUCAUGCAGGUCAUGAAAGGAACAGCAGGUGAUCACUCUGUACUCUCAUUGUCAAGUUUAGAUAUAUACCCAGUUGUAAAAGAGCCAGACUUGAGCCCCUCUCUGGUCAUCUUUGAAUUUAAGGCCCUUUCUUGUAUAAUAAGCUGUGGAAGUUGUACUCCAAUGGCUGAAGCCAUGUUCUUAACUUGGCUGAUGGGAGCCUCCCAGCAGCGGAACCCAGCACUUUUUAUAUUCCCAUUGUGGUUGAGCUUUUACAUUUACAGUCUCAACAACAACACUUAUGCAUACAUGCGCAUGCACGUGCAUACACACACACACACACAAAUGAAAACAAAGACUUUUCUGAGCCUUUUAAAUGAGACAAAUGAUAAUAUGAAAGACUGAACACCCAAGGUGGGUGUUCCAUAGAAAAAUUAAGCUGAUGACUUUGCAGUGACUCAAGUUCUCUGUUUUCCAUGGCUUACCAGGUCGAGUGCCUGGCUGUUACUAUAUAAUGAAGCCCACUGGCUUAACUUGUAAAUUCAACCUAGACCAUGAUCCUAGACCAUCACGGAUUUAGGAAAAGAUUCUUCUUGAAAUUCAGUUUCCAGAAACUAGACAUUAGAAUGCUAGGAGCAGUUUCCCAGAAAAACAAGCAUAUUGCCUCAUGGAUGAAAGACUUGUAGCUCUAAUUUCAGUGACUUCUUAUAUCUACUUACAUACAACAGGGAGGCGAGAGGAUUCUCUGUCAUCUCUGGUGGCUGAGUGUAAAGUGUGUGCCAAGUCAGCCACACAAUUAUCAAAUCUGAUGGCCGAGCUCUGCAUCACCACCUGAUUAUUUAGUAGACGCAUUUUUAAAGCAGCUUAGAAACCAAUUAAACAUGGAGGAUGAAUUACCUUUCUAUUCCUGGAGAUGAGAUGUCUUUCAGUUUCACGAUUAAGGAUUGUUGCUGUUUUCUAGACACUCUAUUCAUCACAUUGUAAAUGGUGAUGCAUGUUGUAGGUGUGCAGCCGUUUUAAGGAUUGAGAUCGAGAUGCUUUGUCAAGUGAAUCUCUUCAGCAUACCAGUUUGUAGGAGGGAUAUGAGAUGUGUGGAUGGCAGUGAGAGAUCGUGCCUCUAGACCUUAACGGAGGUUUGGUGAGACACAGCUAAAUAAGCACAUGGAGGUAGAGUAAUGGGCAGAGUAAUGGGCAUCUCUAUUUGAGCAAGUAUAUGGAAAGAUUUCAGCCCUGGAAUGUGACCCAGGUAGGGCCACCACUAUGCCUUCAUUUGUCACUCAAGCUCCAACCACAGGGAGUUUGACAAGUUUGUGUUAUAAUGUUGGCUUGGCUUUGUAUUUUUAAUUAACUUUGGAUUUUUUAGUGGUUUUGCCAUAUUACUGUCUGAGUUUGGUAGGUAGUAUUAAUUUGAAAAGAGUUUACUAGUGUGGUCCUUGGUGUAGAAUUUAGCUGUAAGCAUGUUGUUAGCCAGCCUGUAGACUGUUAAUUACUUAAUAAUCUCAUUGGGAAAAUACUAGUAGUUUUAUAUAUGGAUGACAUAAUUGGAAAAGCAGAUUAGCUGCUGCUACUUUUAAAAGACUUGAGGUUGGGAUGCCUUUUCUCCAUGUAAUGAAAUAAAAAGAUCCAAAUCUUCAGUCAAUAACCAAGUUGCAAUAUUAGAAACCAUUGGCUAAAAUAUGUUUUGCUGAGUUUCCAAAUAGAUGGAUUUUCAUCUGGACAUUACAUUACUAAAUUCAUUGGAUUUGGUCUGCAUUGGAAAGAUACUUAUUCUAUGUUAUCUUUCUUGAAUCUAUCUAAUUCGGAUUUUGCUUUAUUCAAAUUUGCAUCCCAAAAGUUGAGGUUGUGGAGUUUGAAGCUAAAAAUCAUUUUUGAAGGUGGAAUCGGUUGAUUUGUGAAGGUGAAGCCCUCACAUACUUCUCUACAGACAUGAUAAAAUUCACCUGCAUAAGUUGGCAGGUGGGAGAACCAAACUGUAUCACUGGGUAAGAAGACUGCUCAGCAAAGCGAUGAACUGCUUGCUUAGAGAAGCGUCACUAUCCCCAUGGAGAGAAUGUGUGGCAAGAUGAUAGAGCUACACAAUAUCAAACGAAUGGGUCGAUUCAGUGCCCCCAAAUUCAAUUAUGCGGGGAACAAAUAUUGAGCCAGUUGUCAGCGUUCUGUUAUGCGACUGGUAGACUAAAUUCUUUGUCAUCGUUAUCGUUGUUGUUGUUUCUCAUUUUCAUUUGCACCACCUUAUUCUCAUAAUUAAACUCUGAUUCAUUUUAUCUUUGGUGUUCGCAAACUCCAACAACAGAAAUGGCAUCUGUGUAUUGAUAAUAAGCAUUUACCUUGGCAGGAGACGAAUCAGACAGGUUGUUCACAGACAUCAAUCUUACCAUCUGAUAUUUUCAGCAAACAAAAAAGUAUUGAUUCCUUUUCCAUUCUCCUCACAAAUCUAGAAGCCCUCUUCAGCAAGAGCAUCACAUUUUUCUCUGUAAUCUAUUGGCUAAAAGAAAAUUGCAUUGUGGGGGAGUAAAGGGGGUUGUGAGUGGGGGUUGAGGGUGGUAAAGUCCCUGAAGGCCAGACUGCAGUUCUUGCCCCUUCCUGCUUCUGUCAGGAUAUGUUAAAGAACCAUGCAUAGUGCUCACAUUGGGUUAGGGGACACUGAACUGCUUUUCAGAUCCAUGAUCAAUCAUCAUUCUUCUAAGAGACUGGAGCUUUGCUGUUUCAUUAACUGUGCAGUGUAGACUAAUGGUGUUUAAUAAAAAUCAUUAAAAAUUUCAAACUCUUUUGCCAGUGA